AUGGCUUUUCAACCCAUAUUUCUCUUUGCUAUUUUAUUCUUUAUUGUUCCUCAAAACAAUGCCUACUGGCCCCCUUCACCUGGCUACUGGCCAAGUUCCAAAAUCAGGCCUAUGAGUUUCUACAAAGGCUAUAGAAACCUUUGGGGACCUCAACAUCAAUACAUGGAUCAACAUGCAUUAACAAUUUGGCUUGAUAGAACCUCAGGUAGUGGAUUCAAAUCGGUACGGCCAUUUCGGUCCGGAUACUUCGGUGCUUCAAUUAAGCUUCAUCCUGGCUACACUGCAGGAGUUAUAACAGCUUUUUAUCUUUCUAAUAGUGAAGCACAUCCAGGAUUUCAUGAUGAAGUAGACAUUGAAUUUCUAGGAACAACAUUUGGAAAGCCUUAUACUUUGCAGACAAAUGUUUAUAUAAGAGGAAGUGGUGAUGGCAAAAUUAUAGGCAGAGAAAUGAAGUUUCAUCUAUGGUUUGAUCCUACCAAAAAGUUUCAUCACUAUGCUAUACUCUGGAAUCCUAAGGAAAUAAUAUUCUUAGUGGAUGAUGUACCUAUAAGAAGGUACCCAAGAAAGAGUGAUACAACAUUUCCACUAAGGCCAAUGUGGGUUUAUGGUUCAAUUUGGGAUGCUUCAUCAUGGGCAACAGAAGAUGGAAAAUACAAAGCUGAUUACAAGUACCAACCUUUUGUUGCAAAGUACACCAAUUUCAAGGCCAGUGGUUGCUCGGCUUAUGCAUCGCGUUGGUGCCGUCCAGCCUCGGCCUCGCCGUAUCGGUCUGGUGGGUUGACCCGGCAACAACAUUGGGCUAUGAGUUGGGUUCAAAGACACCACAUGGUUUAUAACUAUUGCCAAGAUUCCAAAAGAGAUCAUAGACUAACACCUGAAUGUUGGGGUUAA